GCCAGGCAGAGCAAUCCAGCCAUUCUCAACCUGAGGGACUCCAAACUAGGAAUUCAGUUCAUGAAUCAUGCAGACCCUAGGCUCUAGCAUGAAAUCACUCAUUUGUUCCAUUUUUCCAUGGACAGAAAAAGUUGGACAGUUAACGCCAGAAGCUGCUACAAGAAUGAGGAUCUUUCUACCUUGUAAUGCUUUAAGGAACUUCCCACUUCACUCAGAUUCCAUGAAUAGAGAGAAGAUUGGGAGCUGGAGUAAGGGGUAAUGGAUUGAAAAAGGAGAAUAGAAGCAAUGUACAGUUCCUUCUUUAUCCUGUAUGCAACCUCACUUCCUGGAACUCUGCAGCUGCAAGCAUAUGGUUAUCAGGGAUGUCUGCGUCCGAUUUAUCUCUUAUCAGUGCAACAACUUUUAUGGCACUUUUACAGUCUUGGUAUAAAGUUCACCACAAGCGGCUGCAUGGUCUUCUUUGUUUUCAGAUGAAAGGAAACAAGUAAAAGCUAAAUGACUAUAAGCAUCAGGACUGGCACUGUGAACUAGACCAGAUUAGGUCAAGGUGAAUUCUCUGUGGAAGCUGGAAGUUCCACCAAAACAUCAUCAUGUAUAAUCCUCCAAAAGAUGAGAUAUACUCGUAUGCUCUGUCCAAGACGCUCACGAAAGUUUCAUCACCUGCAACUGUAGGACUCUACUCGUCAUGUCAGGACAGAAUUAACAUGAUCCUCAGACAAAUUGAGGUGUACACGAAGGAGGAAACUUCACAGAUUGAGGAAGAAUGCAAAAGAGAAACCAGGCCUCGCUCAGUGAAGACGUCAGUUACUGGCUUUCUGGCUCUCAUUGGCCGGCUGCUCUUCUAUAAACCCAUUUGGACUGAGGAGAACCGGCACCACCGUAACAUAAGGUUUAUUUAUGUGCAUUUUAGUGCCUGGCAUUUUGCAGGCAGUGACCUGUUGUGGGCAGGGUUGGCCAUACGCUUGUUUCAGGCCAUGCAGAUGAACUUUGGGAAAUUACACUUGGUACUGUACCGUGUGGCUCAACAUGAAGAAAAAGAUGAAGUCAAGAAAAAGGAAGUGGCAGAUUCUACCCAUGACUGGAGGUCUAAGAAGCUGUGUUGCUGCCCCUUGUGGUUUCUCUUCCUCUGCAUUCUUGUGCUACCAUUAAUAUUAUUAGUGCUCCCAUUGACACUCAGCCUCCCUAAACCUGAACUAGAAUCAGAACAGGCAGAAAAUGGGACAGAAAGCCAGGUCAAUGUGCUAGAAGGUCUAGUCAUUGCCUCCCUCGGAGUCCCUGCAGCAAGCAUUUUGAGAUUUAUAUUUCUGAUGGGUAAGAACCUCAUCUACAGCCAGGAACAGAACAUCAAAAAGGGAAUGGACAAUGAGAACGUCAGCAUCAAACUAGGCUUCAUGAAUGAGGUGAGGAAGGAAAUGUGGUUUCUGUCUCAGUUCAUACAGUUCAUGGAGGUGUUUGAGAGGAGAAGGAUCCGAGUGGUGCUGCAGAUCACAAAUCUGGACCGGUGCUCACCCAGAAAAAUCGUUGCAGUUCUGGACGCAAUGAAUAUUUUGCUGUCAGACAAGGAAAGUCCAUUUAUUUCCAUUCUAGCUGUCAAUCCAGAUGUCCUUGUACAAAAAGUGAAUUUUGCAGAUGGCUGCUUCAGCAAAGAGGACAGAGCUCAUGCUUUGUUGAACCGCAUUGUUACUCUGGCCUUCACUGUCCCACCACUGGAUGAUAACUCAAAACGCAGUUUAUUCGACAGCCUGAUCAGCACUUCACAAACCACCAAGGACACAAGCAAGACAGACAGUGAACACAGAACUGGGGAACCCAGAAAGUCUUCUUUUUUAGAUAUACCAUCUGUUGAGAUUACCUUUGAAGAAGAUGAAACCAUUCCAUUAGAUGAUAAAAGAACACCGAAUGUGAAAGAGGAGGAAGUCGAGGAAUUGGUCAAAAGCAUCCUGACCAGUGAUGAGAGGAAGCUGAACAAGUACAUAUUAGAAAAUGUCAUGUUUAUGAGAAGAAUAAUCAACUCUAUGCGAGUGACUGUGAUAAUCAUGAAGGCUUUGGGGAAAGAGCUCCCUCCAUCAGAGGACAUUGCAGCGUGGGUGGUCAUGGCCAACCAGUGGCCUUGCCGCCUCAGUUGGAUCAUCCAGUGUGUGGAGGAUGCUCAGCAGAGAGCCGACAUCGAUAAUGACCACAAGGCCAUAGAUGGGUCAAAGACCUUAUGGAAAGUCUUCAGCGAGUCCAAAGCUGAGCUGUAUGUGAUGAGGGCACAGAUUGAAGACCUCCUGGAGGAGGAUGGAGAUCCUGAGAUGUUUGAAAAAUUGCUCAGAGUAGAUUUCCAGUUUACAGUGAAGGACUUGAAGAUGUUUGAGGUGGCGACGGUGAACUUGGACCGUACCAUUAGAAAAGAGUUGGCUCAAAUCAGAGGGACUUCCCGGCUGAAGGAUUCUGGUUGGAUGAGGAACCUGGCUCCAUUGCCAAUCGCAACCAUUAUUAAUAUGGAAACAGAAGAUGUGUGUAAAGAGUUGGAGCGGAUGAAGUUCCCUAGUAAGUACAUUGAUAUUGUGAAAAGCAAUGACCUCAGUGGCUCUGCGCUGGUUUUCGGUGAUGCAAAUGACCUCAAAGACCUCCUCGGCAUGACGUUUGGAGAGUGGGCGACUUUCAGACUCCACUUCUUAGGUUUACCUCCACAUCUCCUACCACAACCCAAGAACAUUUUGCCACCACAGAACCAUGUGUCCAGAAUGCCCCUCUGUGCUGCCUUUCAAUACUCCUCCAACCCCAACCUUCUUAACAUCUGCAAAUAGGAACAUGAUCCAAAUUCCACUGAAUAACCAUCUGCAUUAACUGGGAAAGUUUUGCAAUUACAAUACAUGGACUGUGAACAGGAGUACAUAGAAUGAAACUGUAUAUGUACAUGUAAACAUCCCUUUAAGCUCAUGUGAUGUAUAUGAGCUGUGCUUGGCAUUUGACAUCAAAUAAGCUCAGUAGGGAAAUGACUCGACACCUGUUGUUUUCUUUAAAAAAGGUUUUCUAUUCAUCUUUUUUUUAAUGGUUUUUCUGCUUGUUUGAGCAUAUCUUGUUUCUCGGCUUUGACUUUCUCUCUUUAAGGAUGUAAUGACUGUUCAGCAGCGACAUUUUCAGACGAACAGCUUCCUCUUUUGAUUGUCCAUAGUUGGUGAUGUUUACAUUUCCUAAUAGGUGGCUCAUGCUGUAUAAACACUGUCACUAUGCUUCUGACCAUCUGUAUCUGCUAAUGUAAACUCUAGCUGCAAAAACUACAGCUUAGAUAUAUGCAUAGUUCUUAGGAUUACAAUUAAUUAGUCCCUUGGCUCACAUCUGAGUGUAGAUGCUUAAAUGCCAUGUUAGGAAAUACAUUUAGUGGUCACAGGUUUUCCCAGAGGGAGUUGUGUCUGUCAGUCCUGUCGAGAUGACUAGUGUCACCUACAUGUCACUGCGUCAGAGAAGGAAAUGCAGCAGACAGAAAUGAUCACUGAGAUAAAAAUGCCAAACACAGCUAUCAAUUCAGCCUUUUUAUAUCCUUGCUACUGCUAUAAAAAUGUAGAAUUUCAGUCUCACAGAAGCUAUCAAUAUGAAGAUCACUACAUGUCUGCAAUGCUCUGAUGAGUCCAUUACUUUCUAAAAGAUAAUAGCGGUGUGCUAUUAACCAUUUGUGGUAAAUAUAGAGGGUUAAGAAGACAAACAGUUCCCUUUUGCCAGUUUUAAGUGUUUGACAUUUAUGUGUUGGCUUGCUGCAUUCCAUGUGUGCAUGAUGUUGUUUUGUGAAGUCAGUGAAUGUUUUUCGGGCCUGUGUUGUACAUCUCAGAUGCAGAGAUGUGUGCCUCCAUCUGAUGCAGAACUUGAACAGGUGUUUCAAGGUUUAUUUGGGUUUUUAGAAAUUGACAUCCGCCAUGACUUGUUUAUGAACACUUUAUUGAAUUUUUAGCAGAAAACAAAUAUAAAUUGAUGAUUUAUGCAUAUUGUACACCCUGCAUCAUGCAGAGAAUUCAAAUAUUAAUUCUGACAAAUGCUGCAGAAAUUAAUACAGAAAAACAGCCCCAUUAUAAAAAAAAAUGCUUCUCCAUACUAAUGCACUUUUGUUGUGUGGUAUUUCUCAUUUUAAAUCAUUUUUGCCGUUAUAAGCAUCCAAAAGUAGGCAACAGAGGCAUUAUGCUGACUCACAGUAAUAGUUUAACAUCAAAGUGUUCUUUAUGUUAAAUAAUCAGCUGAACGUUCAUUUCAUCUUGAAUUCCUUUGAACCAUUUCCCUCAGGAAGAUGCAAGCAUAGCUGAAAAUAUCUGAUACACACACCCAAGCAAUUACAGUACAAGCAAUACCAUAACAUUAUCACACAUACUGGACAUAUACAGUACGGUUAAUAUCUCCACACCAAUAAGACAGAGGUUCCACUCAAUACAAUUUGAAAACUCUGGUUAAAUUCUGCUCUCAGUAGGUACUUUGCUUCUCUAAUAACAUAUUAAGGCAUAACAGUAUUUACCAGUUGCAUUUUAACCAUUGUUUGAAAGUUUAGACACAUAAAAUCAAGGCACAAGUGGAACUAAAAAUAUGCUAAAAA